UAUUGUGCGAAAUCUACAUUUUAAAAGACGAGCCCUGUUAGAUUUCUAACCAUAAACGGAAUAACCAGCAUACAGGUCACCGAACAACCGAUUCAACUUUGAACUGAGAACUACAAUCAUUGACCAUCACGUACACCGUUUGUUUUGUGCAUAAACCAGAUCACACCCCCUUGAAAACAAGGCGCGCCUGAAGCAUAUUUUGAUAGACGCGCACCCAGGCGGACACAAUAUUCUCAUUGACAAUAAAGUAGCCAAGAGAGACGAAGGUGUUCAAGUAUUUCGGACGGAUUUUACGUAUUUCUGGAAAAUAUAAAAACAAAAGUUAAACAUGUCAAGUAGUUGGAGAACCCGUUUUCACGAUAAGUGGCCACAUCUUACCACACUGUAUUCAUCGGGCUCGUCAUCACGUCUCAACGAUGAAAGCCAGUUUCCCGAUCCUAUGGUGGCCCACGAUAAUGUCAUUCAUACGGAUAAAAUGUACGGUGCCUACAAAUUCUUUUAUCAACCAGAAGACGGUGGUCGACCCUACCCCAUCUCACCGUAUGGUAAAGACAGCGAGAGCGAGACGAGGAGCUCCGAAGAGGAGAAAUAUAAGAAGAGAGCGACCUGCCGAGUAUUUCUCUUUGUCUUUCUGAUAUUAACACUUAUUGGCGUGGCAAUAGCUGCUAUUGUAUUGGCUGUUAUAUUAACAAAGAACAAAUCUUCAGGUGAAACAGCAAAUUUCAGAAGCAGUUUAAGAAUUAUAGAUAGGAACUUGACGAGUGAAUUGCUUGAUAAAACAAGUCCAGAAUUUACAGCUUUUGAGAAAGAGUUUUGUACUCAGAUCAAGGACCAGUAUGCUAACUCAGGAUCACCACUGGCUGGGCAGCAGCUUGAGUGUUUCAUUAUCAGCCUCAAGAAUGGAAGUAUCAUAGUGGUUUAUGAAAUUAGAGUUCCAGCCAAUGCCGUUACUGAUAAAAAUGAACUCACGGUUAAGAUGGAGAUCCAUUUAUCUAACAGUGUUGUGGAAGGAAAACUUGGAUCAUUGACAAUAGAUACAACCCUGGAAUGUACCGUAAAGGAUGAGUCCGCUGACGUGGAUACCCAAUUUUGUGUUGCAAAGACAACAACCCCACCUACUACCCAAGAAACAACCCCAUCAUCACCGGUCGUGGAAGCACCAUCAUCUACAACCCCGACAUCAACAGCUCAAGAAAGCAUGUCUUCACCAAUGGCACCUACGUCAUCAGUGGUACAAGGGACCGCAUCUGCAUCAAUCACUCCUUCAAUAUCUGAGGUGUCAAUGGCAUCGUCAUCCACUAUAGCCUCUUCUUCUGUAGUACAACCGGUGUCGUCAUUAGGAGUACAAGGAUCGGUAUCAUCAUCAAUGAUACCGUCGUCAUCUCCUAUGCAAAUACCAUCGUCAUCAAUGGUAACUUCUUCUGGAACCCUGUCGUCUUUAAUGGCAUCCGUGUCGUCAGGAGUACAGGCAACCGCAUCACUACCAAUCACAUCGUCCUCCUCCCGAAUGCAAAUGGCCUCGUCAUCAAUGGCAGCUUCUCCUAGUGUAGCACAAGCAACCAUGUCGUCUUCAGUAGCAUCAAUCACGCCGUCAUCCUCUCAGAUACAAAUGGCCUCGUCAUCAAUAACAGCUUCUUCUAGUGUAUCACCAGAAAGCACGGCGUCUUCUAUGACACCCUUGGGAUCAGGAUCACAAGCCACCACAUCAGCAUCGAUGACACCGUCAUCAUCCCCAAUGCAAAUGGUUUCGCCAUCAAUGACAGAUUCUUCUAGUGUAGCACAACAGACCAUGACUCCAAUGGCAUCAGAAUCAAUGACACCGUCAUCGUCUCCAAUACAAAUGGUUUCCUCAUCAAUGGCAGAUUCGUCUAGUUUAGCACAACAGACCAUGUCGUCUUCAAUGGCAUCUAUGUCGUCAGGAUUACAACUAACCGGAUCAGCAUCAAUCACACCGUCCUUCUCUCCAAGCCAAAUGGCCUCGUCAUCAACGGCAGAUUCUUCUAGUGUAGCACAACAGACCAUGUCGUCUCCAAUGGCUUCCGCAUCAAUGGCGCCGUCAUCCUCUCCAAUGCAAAUGGCCUCGUCACCACUGGCAGAUUCCUCUGGUGUAGCACAACAGACCAUGUCGUCUUCAAUGGCACCCAUGUCGUCAGGAUUACAGCCAACCGGAUCAGCAUCAAUGACACCGACCUCCUCUCCAAGUCAAAUGGCCUCGUCGUCAACGGCAGCUUCUUCUAGUGCAGCACAAGCAACCAUGUCGUCUUCAAUGGCACCAAUCGCACCGUCAUCCUCUCAGAUGCAAAUGGCCUUGUCAUCGAUAACAGCUUCUUCUAGUGUAUCAUUAGAAAGCACGACGUCUUCAAUGACAUCCUUGUCGACAGGAUUACAAGCUACCACACCAGGAUUAAUUUCACCGUCAUCGUCUCCAAUACAAAUGGUUUCGUCAUCAAUGGAAGAUCCGUCUAGUGUAGCACAACAGACCAUGUCGUCUCCAAUGGCUUCCGCAUCAAUGACACCUUCACCCUCUUCAAUGCAAAUGGUUUCGUCAUUAAUGGCAGAUUCUUCUAGUGUAGCACAACAGACCAUGUCGUCGUCAAUGACAUCAGCAUCAAUGACAUCGUCAUCGUCUCCAAUGCAAACGGUUUCCUCAUCAAUGGCAGAUUCGUCUAGUUUAGCCCAACAGACCAUGUCGUCUUCAAUGGUAUCAACCGGAUCAGCGUCAAUCACACCGUCCUUUUCUCCAAGCCAAAUGGCAUCGUCAUCAACGGCAACUUCUUUUAGUGUAGCACAAGCAACCAUGUCGUCUUCAACAGCAUUAAUCACGCCCUCAUCCUCUCAGAUGCAAAUGGUUUCUUCAUCAGUAGCAGAUUCUUCUAGUCAAGCACAACAGACCAUGUCGUCUUCAAUGGCUUCCGCAUCAAUGACGCCGUCAUCCUCUUCAAUGCAAAUGGCCUCGUCACCACUGGCAGAUUCUUCUAGUGUAGCACAACAGACCAUGUCGUCGUCAAUGACAUCAGCAUCAAUGACAUCGUCAUCGUCUCCAAUACAAAUGGUUUCCUCAUCAAUGGCAGAUUCGUCUAGUUUAGCACAACAGACCAUGUCGUCUUCAAUGGCAUCUAUGUCGUCAGGAUUACAACUAACCGGAUCAGCAUCAAUCACACCGUCCUUCUCUCCAAGCCAAAUGGCCUCGUCAUCAACGGCAGAUUCUUCUAGUGUAGCACAACAGACCAUGUCGUCUCCAGUGGCUUCCGCAUCAAUGGCGCCGUCAUCCUCUCCAAUGCAAAUGGCCUCGUCACCACUGGCAGAUUCCACUGGUGUAGCACAACAGACCAUGUCGUCUUCAAUGGCACCCAUGUCGUCAGGAUUACAGCCAACCGGAUCAGCAUCAAUGACACCGACCUCCUCUCCAAGUCAAAUGGCCUCGUCGUCAACGGCAGCUUCUUCUAGUGUAGCACAAGCAACCAUGUCGUCUUCAAUGGCACCAAUCGCACCGUCAUCCUCUCAGAUGCAAAUGGCCUCGUCAUCGAUAACAGCUUCUUCUAGUGUAUCAUUAGAAAGCACGACGUCUUCAAUGACAUCCUUGUCGACAGGAUUACAAGCUACCACACCAGGAUUAAUUUCACCGUCAUCGUCUCCAAUACAAAUGGUUUCGUCAUCAAUGGAAGAUCCGUCUAGUGUAGCACAACAGACCAUGUCGUCUCCAAUGGCUUCCGCAUCAAUGACACCUUCACCCUCUUCAAUGCAUAUGGUUUCGUCAUUAAUGGCAGAUUCUUCUAGUGUAGCACAACAGACCAUGUCGUCGUCAAUGACAUCAGCAUCAAUGACAUCGUCAUCGUCUCCAAUGCAAACGGUUUCCUCAUCAAUGGCAGAUUCGUCUAGUUUAGCCCAACAGACCAUGUCGUCUUCAAUGAUGCCCAUGUCGUCAGGAUUACAAGCAACCGGAUCAGCAUCAAUCACACCGUCUUCCUCUCUAAUGGCUUCAGGGUCAAUGACGCCGUCAUCCUCUCCAAUGCAAAUGGCAGAUUCUUCUAGUGUAGCACAACAGACCAUGUCGUCGUCAAUGACAUCAGCAUCAAUGACAUCGUCAUCGUCUCCAAUGCAAACGGUUUCCUCAUCAAUGGCAGAUUCGUCUAGUUUAGCCCAACAGACCAUGUCGUCUUCAAUGGUAUCAACCGGAUCAGCGUCAAUCACACCGUCCUUUUCUCCAAGCCAAAUGGCAUCGUCAUCAACGGCAACUUCUUUUAGUGUAGCACAAGCAACCAUGUCGUCUUCAACAGCAUUAAUCACGCCCUCAUCCUCUCAGAUGCAAAUGGUUUCUUCAUCAGUAGCAGAUUCUUCUAGUCAAGCACAACAGACCAUGUCGUCUCCAAUGGCUUCCGCAUCAAUGACGCCGUCAUCCUCUUCAAUGCAAAUGGCCUCGUCACCACUGGCAGAUUCUUCUAGUGUAGCACAACAGACCAUGUCGUCGUCAAUGGCAUUCAUGUCGUCAGAAUUACAAGCAACUAUCACACCGUCAUCACCUCAAAUGCAAAUGGUUUCGUCAUCAAUGGCAGAUUUUUCUAGUGUAGCACAAGUUACCACGUCGUCUUCAAUGGCAGCAGCAUCCAUGCCAUCGUCAUCCUCCCCACUGCAAAUGGUUUCCUCAUCAAUGUCAGAUUCGUUCAGUGUAGCACAACAGACCACGUCGUCUUCAAUGACGCCCAUGUCGUCAGGAUUACAAGCAACCGGAUCAGCAUCAAUCACACCGUCUUCCUCUCUAAUGGCUUCAGGGUCAAUGACGCCGUCAUCCUCUCCAAUGCAAAUGGCAAAUUCUUCUAGUGUAGCACAACAGACCAUGUCGUCGUCAUUGACAUCAGCAUCAAUGACAUCGUCAUCCUCUCCAAUGCAAACGGUUUCCUCAUCAAUGGCAGAUUCGUUCAGUGUAGCACAACAGACCAUGUCGUCUUCAAUGACGCCCAUGUCGUCAGGAUUACAAGCAACCGGAUCAGCAUCAAUCACACCGUCUUCCUCUCUAAUGGCUUCAGGGUCAAUGACGCCGUCAUCCUCUCCAAUGCAAAUGGCAGAUUCUUCUAGUGUAGCACAACAGACCAUGUCGUCGUCAUUGACAUCAGCAUCAAUGACAUCGUCAUCCUCUCCAAUGCAAACGGUUUCCUCAUCAAUGGCAGAUUCGUUCAGUGUAGCACAACAGACCAUGUCGUCUUCAAUGACGCCCAUGUCGUCAGGAUUACAAGCAACCGGGUCAGCAUCAAUCACACCGUCUUCCUCUCUAAUGGCUUCAGGGUCAAUGACGCCGUCAUCCUCUCCAAUGCAAAUGGUUUCGUCAUCAAUGGCAGAUUCUUCUAGUGUAGCACACCAUACCAUGUCGUCUUCAGUGGCAGAUAUGUCGGCAGGAUCACAAGCUACCACAUCACCACCAGUAACACCGUCAUCAUCUCUAAUGCAAACAUUUUCGUCAUCAAUGCCCGCUUCCUCUGGUGUUGUACAAGGAAGCAUGUCUUCAUCAGAAGCACAAGCAGAUACAUCUGCAUCAAUCACACCUUCCUUCUCUCAGACGCAAACGGCCUCGUCAGUAAUGGCAUCUUCAAUGUCUACGACACCAUAGAAACAAUUUCUUCUUCUGUGACUUCAGCGGAAUCUAUGUCCUCAACUGUAUAACUAUGAACAUUUUGGGUAUUAUAGUGUAUGUUUGGUCUAGAAAGUAAUCGAACAGAAAGUGCAAUCAUCUUUGUGUGUGUGAUAUCUCUUCCUUUCUUUGUAAGUAAAUUGGACCUAUUUCAGUGCGGAAGUUUUAGCGGUAAAGUUCUUUGUAUGUUUGAGUGUACGAAUCUUUCUAUUUUUCCUUGUACAACCCCAAGGGUUUUACGGGUUGGGUAAAAUAUGGUACCAUCGAUUUAAAGGGCAAUUAAACUCAAAAUCCGUAAAUACAAAAAAUGACCAUUGUUUAAUAUGUGUACGCCGACAGGGGAACAAACCUAAGCGUCUGGCGUUUCGAAAAAGAGAAAAGAGGCUCUGCCUCGUGCUUGACACUCUCCACUACUAUGAUAACACAUAGAAACAUGUGUUUCGUUGCCGAAUUAUUGUUUUAUCGUUUGUCAAAAUAACUAUUAUGUCACGAAUGUCUCUUCCUCAAGGUAGAGAAGAGAACAUUAUAAUUUUGAAUGACAAAAAUUGCAUAUUAUUUUUUAUCAGUGUAGAUAUGUACAGCGUGUAUAAUUUUUAAUGUAUAUUAAUUAUUUCUUAUGUUAUUAUUGCUGUUUGCUGGUUCAAACAUUUUACAAUUUAAGUGUAAAUAUAAAGACAAAGAUAUUAUUAUACGUAUUACAAAAUGUUAAAUACUUUUUAUACACAUUUUUAAAUAUUAAACGAAUUAUGUAUAUAUGUAUAAAUAGAAAAAAAAUAUUUUAAAUUUACCAAUAAACAAAAUUAAACAUUUUU